GUUGGGUUUCCCCAACUAUAAACCGCAUCGUCUCCAAAAUCCAAAUUCCCUUCAUAGCUGGACUUAUCGUUCAUGGGUGGAUUAUUACUGGGGAGUAACGCGAGGACAGGAAUGCCAUCUCCCGCCGCACGAACUCCAUUUCCUGGCCUCCUCUGCCUCUCGUGGCGGAGCCUCCGCACCCUCCGCGCCCAAUCGUCCGAUGCAGCUGCGAGCCAAGCCCGUGGCGGUCUCCCUCGAUUCCACUCCCCAUCCCUUCCCUCAUCCAAGGGAAGUGUUGUUCGGGUUCAAGGUGACGAGUCCUGGCACAUGACGAGGGUCUUGCGCCUGGGUGUGAAUGACAGGGUGGAGCUCUUCAAUGGGAUAGGUGGUCUAGUUGAGGGUUGCAUACAGAAAGUCGAUCGGACUGGUUUAGAUGUCAUGGCUUUAGAGGAACCAAAAAUAAUUGCUCCUCAGGGCAUUCAGUGGCAUGUAUUUGCUGCUUUUGGUACCUUGAAAGGUGGUCGGGCUGACUGGCUUAUUGAGAAAUGCACUGAAUUGGGAGCUAGUAGUGUAACACCCCUGCUGACAGAGAGGUCUCCUACAAUUACAGAAAAUCGGGUAGACAGGUUACAGCGUGUCAUAUUAGCUGCAGUUAAACAGAGUCAGCGGCUACAUGAAAUGAUUCUGAAUCCUCCUAUGAAAUUUCACAGCUUUUUGCCUGUUGUUGCCAAAUCAAAAUUCUCUUUUCUUGCUUCAGCAGAAGCAACUCCUCUUAUUAACGUCUUAUCCUCAUCAAGUGGACAACCCAGUGGGCUUUUGAUUGUUGGACCAGAAGGGGACUUCACAGAGGAGGAGGUGAAGCUGUUGAUAAAGGCCGGUGCUACUGCUGUUGGUCUUGGUCCAUGCCGACUGCGAGUUGAAACGGCUGCCAUCACUCUACUAGCAACCCUCAUGCUAUGGUCUGAUGCUCAAAAAGUAAAGCCCCAAUAGUACCAAUAGUUAGGGUUGAAUUGCAGAUAAACUGCGAAGAAACUGAAUUUCUGAUUCAUCAAAAAGUUUCAAGGCAAUGAUUGUCCAGCUCUGUGCAGAGACCACACUAGGCCUAAGGAUGGUGCCUGCUUACGGAGAGCAAUUCAGCAGCAAGCUAGCAGUUGGCACAAUGAGAAAGGAGCUUAAUCUUUGAGAUACAUUGUAUGAUAUCGGUGCAGGGCACACUAUAUUCAAUAAAAUUUCGAAAGAACAACCAUUAGAAAUUGUGUGAAGAAGUAAGUGGACUCUGUUUUCUUUUUCUUUUUCUUUUUGGCUAUCAUUAAACAAUUUUUGUCUUGAGGA